GCGCGCCUAUCCCGGGGCACACGGGAAGGAUGUGGAGCUCGGAGGGGUGGCUGAAGGGUUGAGGUGUCGUCAGGCCAAGGAGGCCUGGGAGUCCCUGCCAGCUUCAGCAUAAGGAGCAGUCAGCCUAGCCAGAUGAAGCAGGUAGGCAGCCGGGAGGAGGUUGGCAUGAAGGUAAGUAGGGCAGGGGGAGGCAGGAUGCUGGUCUCGGCUCUGCUGGCUGAGACCAGGCACCCAGGUGGAGAUUGAGAGGACCAGGCUGGCAACAGGGGCAGCAGGGACGAGGAAUCCCACCGCAGAGGCAAAGGGCACCAAGUCUUCAGGCCAGAGCCCAGAGAUGAGAAGAAGCAACUGAUGCUUGUGCAGCCUCGAGUUUGUACCACACAUCGUUCUGAGCACUUUCUUAUAUCGAGGCUUUUCAUCUUACACGAUAAUCUUGGGGUAAUCCUCAUUUUACAAAGGAGGAGAUGGAGGUACAGAAAGGCAAAGUAGCUCACUGAGUGUCAUCCAGCUGGGAAGAGGCACCACAGGGAUAUGCAGGCAGCCUGGCUCCAGAGUCCCUGCUCUUCCCUAGCCUGCUCUGAAGAAUCCCUGUGACGCCGCUCCUGGGAGUACCAUUCACACGAAUUGCAGUGCAUGGGGGCCCUCGGAGCUGGGCGAUGUAGGCGGCCCUGAUUCCACACUACUCCCUUUAAAAAAAGACUGAUUCUUCACUCUGCCUUAUGAUGUGCCAGGCACUUUCUGUGUACCUUUUAUACAUUCACUCAUGAAGUCCAGAACUCUUUUUACCUCCGUUACAGAUGAGGCACGGAGAGACGUAAGGAUACACCUGCCUAGGUGGUUACAACGGUCUAAAUUCAAACUCGGAGGACUACUAAAAGGGCAGUCAGUUUGUAGAGUUUUGUUUUGUUUUGUUUUCACUCUUUUGUCUGCCCUGCCGGUACCACCUGUCUGAAGCACGUCAGGGGGGAAACAGGGGUUAGAAUAUUAACGUGCAAAAUGCCAUAUAUGUUUCUGGAGGGAAAUAAGUGUAUCUGUGCUUGCAGAAGAGGGAGAAAAUCAUCUAGUACACUUAGCCACUUAGAAAAACUUAAAAACAAAGAGCAAAAUAAUCCCCAAGGUUAAAUUGUCAGGCAGAGACCUUGGGCUCGUGUUCUAGUCCAUAGAGCCAAUGAGAGUCCAAACACUGUUCUUUUGUCUCUUCCCUGACCUCUCAGAGUCCUGCUGCAGAACACAUGACCUCACUGGCUUAGAAAGUUAAAUUCUGGAGAAAUCUGGGGGGGGGGGGGAAAUUAGCAAAAUUUCCUUUUGUUUCCAAAUCUGUACCAAUUGUCUUGAUGACAGCUAUGUAAAACUCAGAGCUAAUCAGCUGAUUCUUGGCUUUUCUCUCCCUCUUCCCCUCCCUUUCCAAACAAAUGGAAAAGAGAAAUGCUUGUCCUUUGUAUUCCACCGUCAAAUGCAUGGGUGUGCUGUACCACAAAGCCCAGCCCAGGUAAGGAAAAGCAACUCCAUGUCCCUAAGUUUGAAGCCAACAAAAACUAGCUGAAUGUUGCCUUGAGCUGCAGAAGAGAGCUUCCCUGAUUUGUUGAGGACCACACCAUUCCCUCCACUGAACUGAGCUCAGUUGAGACAUUUGUCAAAUUGCAAGAAUAACCUCUAUACGGAGAAUCACGUGGAAUUUAGAGAACAGAAUCACACAAACAAUGCCUUUUCAUAAGGUCUUUUGACUUUGAACUGUUGAUCAUGGUGAGAGAUGACUUGAAAGGAAACACAGUCAGCAGGGCACCCUCAAAAUGGGAAGAUGCCUUUGGGGGCUGUGUAGUUUUGGAGGCUACUCAGGGGUGAGAGGUGGACAGGUUAUGGGGAAACACUGAUGCAAGGUGACCCAGGAGCUUUUCAGACUGAUCCUCAUUGUAGCUGGAAAUAGAAGUAGACCCAGGGGAGGGUUGGUUUCUCUUUCAUCCUCUCAAUCAAUCACUUAACUGGAGAACUCUUCAAACCAAAACCAAGACGGUGCCAAUCCCUCACUUGAUGUUCGCCUCUUGCUGCAGUGAAAUAUGACACCCUUGAAAUUUGGUCCUCAGAACGUAGACCUGAUAGGAUAUCAAGGCCCUUUCACCAAAAGCUAGGGACUUGAGAUGAUCUGAAACAGGCCCAGGAAGCUCCCAGGGACCUCUCGCUACUUCUCAGCCAGCUCUCAGUUCAGAGAAUCUUGGGACAGGAAUGGUCAGUUCCAAGAGCCUCUUGGAGUUCGAGUACACUUUUGUGGGAACUUCUCAGAGUUCCUUUGGGGAAGUCCAGACUGAGUCUCUCACUGGCUGCCUCUGGAACUCUGGGAUCAGCCUGAGCAUUGGAUUGAGACCUUUAGGUGACCUGUACGUGCAAUGCUUAUUCUGUGGAGAUCCAAACACUAGGGGCAGACUCCCCAAUCUAUUAAUUGAUUUUCAGUUGUCAACUUGCGGGUGGGUGACCAAAUAGCUUGUGUUUAGACAGUUUUUAGAAUGAAAAGAGUGGGAAAAAUAGGGGUUUUCCCAUCAAAGUGACCCCCCCCCCUUUCAUUUUACCAAAUUCCUCCUGGGAAUACACCCACUGCUCCUCAUUCCUUAUCUUGAAAACCCCCUCAAGAAGGAGCAGGGAAGGAACACUUAAGUAUAGAAAAUUAUGGCUUUGAAUACAUCAGUUUAACCUUUCUGGGUAUUAAAAUGAGGGCUGGAUUAGGGGACCUCUGGGGUUCUCCCACCUCUAACAAUUUGCUCAGCAUUUUUCUAACCUGGGAAGCAGGCAGAGCCAGGCUGCCCCUGCUUUACGUCUCGUCUGUUCUUAGUCCUUGAGGGGUUUGGGUGUAGGGUUGCUGGGAGUAACCACAAGCUACUUUGCUUGAUCCAGUGCUCCCUCCUGACCACCGAUCCUGAGUUAUCUUCCUUACUGCCUACAUUUGUAUAUCACAAAACGAGCCCCUGCUUUUUAAAGACUUUCCUUAGACCCUUACAUUGGCUGUUGGGAAAUGCAGGAGAGGAGUUGAGCCAUGUACAGUUUUCCCAGUAGGGGGCAGUUUCUCUCAUCUUCUUGGUGAAUUAUGGAAGUGAACGGCUUUUUCCCCCCCCCCCCCCCAAAUUUAGAUUCCCAUUUAAAGAUAUUCAGGAAAUAUCUAUACUCUCGGUUGAAACAGUAAAAUAAGGAAAUGAUCUGGAAAAUCUAAGGAGAAAAAAGACCCUCUUGCCUUGAUUUUCUGUUGAUUCUGCCUAAAAUAUCACAUGGCUGUAGUUAGAGAGUUAAUUAAAAUAACAGAAUCUGAUACAGGAAUUUGAGCUUAGAAAUCUUUUGGCCCAGUCCUCUUGCUUGAUGGAGGAGAGAGCUGAGGUUAGCCUGGGAAAUGACUUGCUCCAGGACACACAGUCGUCAACAGGUCGGGCUGGCACUGGGUCCCUUUCUAUGAAAUCCUGCCAACUGUACCCAUCCUCUUCUGCCAUCCUCCUGGUGGCACAGGUGACCUCCUGUAUGAACCCUACCAUUUUCAGGCUCUGAAGGACAGGUGAGUCCCUUUGGCAUCUUUUAUAUUUGAAAGGAUUGAUGCUGUUCCCAAAGUGUGCAGCUGUGAUUGGAAGACCUUAGUGGGUCAGUGCAGACCUGGGCGAACUGUGCUCGGCUCAGCAGUUGUAGCUCUUGUGUUGUUCUUUGUGACUCAGAUUUGUUCCUUUAAGAGUUACGCUUUUCAGAGAUACUGGCUUUUCAGAGAUACGGGCCUCAUUUCCUGGGUCCAGGGCCAGACAGUUACUCCUGUGCUGAGUUCCCAUGAACUGCAGCCAGUGCCUUCCAGCUGACGAAGCAGGGUUGUCAUUGAUAAGCGUUUAUGUUGCGCUUUAGAUUUGCAAAGUCCUUUCUCUGGGUUAUUUCUUGCCUCAAUUUGGCAGGUGAGGAAACUGAAGCCCACAGAAGUGGUGACUGGUCCAGAGUCAUCCGACCAAUUAGUGAGGAAGCUGGGCUCAGCCUCUGAGUUUCUGGGUCAUUGUUUUACCCCUGUGAGUCAUGCAGCUUCUCUAGAUUAUGUUCGUUGCUCCUCACCAACUUCUUUUUUUUCCAAAUUUAGCUGGCUUCUUUUACAGUGAGCUAUAAAUCUCUUCUGUUUCAAAGCUGCAGUACCUUAUUGGUUGACCAGGAAGCUGCAAGUGUCUAGCUGUGGCUUCUGUAGCAGUUUUGUUUUCGCCUUGAUAGAGGUGCUCUGGAUUAUCAGACCUCCAUGUAUGACAAUUUGUACCUGCAUGGAAUUGAAGACUCGGAGGCUGAAGAAUAAUGUGAUGUGUUACCCAAGAUGGUGUGAACAAAGCUUCAAGCCAAUGGAGAAGACUAGGCCUAAAUAGCUGACCCGGUGAAGUGAAAAAUAAAGCCACACCUGGAGAGCCACAUCCUCCGCAGUCUUUCUCAAUGCCAAUGCAUAUAUGGCUGGUUCAGCGGAUUCCUACACGAGCAGGCCGUCUGACUCCGAUGUCUCUCUGGAAGAGGAUCGGGAAGCAAUUCGGCAAGAGAGAGAGCAGCAGGCGGCCAUCCAGCUUGAGAGAGCAAAGUCGAAACCUGUAGCAUUUGCUGUGAAGACGAAUGUGAGCUACUGUGGUGCCUUGGAUGAGGAUGUGCCUGUUCCAAGCACGGCCAUCUCCUUUGACGCCAAGGACUUUCUACACAUUAAAGAGAAAUAUAACAAUGAUUGGUGGAUAGGAAGGCUGGUGAAAGAAGGCUGUGAGAUUGGCUUCAUCCCAAGUCCACUUAGAUUGGAGAACAUACGGAUUCAGCAAGAACAAAAAAGAGGACGUUUUCACGGAGGGAAAUCCAGUGGAAAUUCUUCUUCAAGUCUUGGAGAAAUGGUAUCAGGGACAUUUCGAGCAACCCCCACAUCAACAGCAAAACAGAAGCAAAAAGUGACGGAGCACAUCCCUCCCUACGAUGUUGUGCCAUCCAUGCGUCCGGUGGUGUUAGUGGGGCCGUCACUGAAGGGUUAUGAGGUCACAGACAUGAUGCAGAAAGCCCUCUUUGAUUUCCUGAAGCACAGGUUUGAUGGGAGGAUAUCAAUAACAAGAGUGACAGCUGACAUUUCUCUUGCUAAGAGGUCUGUCCUAAAUAAUCCCAGCAAGAGAGCAAUAAUUGAACGCUCAAACACUCGGUCCAGCUUAGCGGAAGUACAAAGUGAAAUUGAAAGAAUCUUUGAGUUGGCAAGAUCUUUGCAACUGGUUGUUCUUGAUGCAGACACCAUCAAUCACCCAGCACAACUUAUAAAGACUUCCUUAGCACCAAUUAUUGUUCAUGUAAAAGUCUCAUCUCCAAAGGUUUUACAGCGGUUGAUUAAAUCUAGAGGAAAGUCCCAAAGUAAACACUUAAAUGUUCAACUGGUGGCAGCUGAUAAACUUGCACAAUGUCCCCCUGAAAUGUUUGAUGUUAUACUGGAUGAAAACCAGCUGGAGGAUGCGUGUGAACAUCUGGGAGAAUACCUUGAGGCCUACUGGCGUGCCACUCACACGACCAGUAGCACCCCCAUGACCCCACUGCUUGGAAGGAAUUUGGGCUCAACAGCACUCUCACCAUAUCCCACAGCAAUUUCUGGGUUACAGAGUCAGCGUAUGAGGUACAGCAACCACUCCACAGAGAACUCUCCAAUUGAAAGGCGAAGUCUAAUGACCUCUGAUGAAAAUUAUCACAAUGAAAGGGCUCGGAAGAGUAGGAACCGCUUGUCUUCCAGUUCCCAGCAUAGCCGAGAUCAUUACCCUCUCGUGGAAGAAGAUUACCCUGACUCAUACCAGGACACUUACAAACCUCAUAGGAACCGAGGAUCGCCUGGGGGAUAUAGCCAUGACUCUCGACAUAGGCUUUGAGUCUGCAGAAACAAGCAAAAUAUUCAUCUGUUGACAAUUUGCCAUUGCACUGCUAGGAUACAACAAUCAUCUUAACUCGGCAACUACAGCACAGUAUUGACUGUGCUUAUGGGCUGCUGUCAUUGAUGCUAAGAAGGGGCAACAAGAAAAAAAAAAAAAAGUGUACAUUAUGCCCUUAAGUCUAGAUGGAUAUUAGAUGCCCAAUCAUAGAGAUAUUUUUAAGUGCAACAUUUACAUAACAGUACCUUUUGUUUUCUUCAUUAGGUUUAGACACAUCAAUUUGUAAUUUAAGGUACUUAUCAAGGCACAUAUAAAAUAAUUUCCCAUGCUGGAAAUUCCAAAUGACCAGUUCCAGUUGGAACCAAUUUAUAAACCAAUUCCUGUUGGAAUUUGGGUGAAUCGACUAGAAAGUCUACUUGAGCAUGUUGUAAUCAAUUUAAAAAUCUGAAAAAAAAAAAAAAGAAACUAAUUAAUAAAAUCAAAAUACCAAUAGAAGCCAAAACCAGCUAUGGUAUUUAUUUGCUGGAGACUAAAUUUACACUUAAAGUUGGAAUGUAUAAACAUUUUAAUAUAUGUUAACGUUGCCAGAAUGGCUUUUCAAACUUACCAAAUGUACUGAUAGUGCCAAAAAAAAAAAUCUCAAAUUAAUGCAGAAAUUCUACAGUCUCCUCAGAUUUUAAUAUUUUUAUUUCUUUUCUGGCACACCUGUUGUAUUCAAAGUGUUUUGCUUUUUGUUUAGUCACAACUGUUAGCUUGUUUGAAGUUGGCAAAAAAAAAAAAACUCAAAAUUUCUUUAGCAGUGAGAGAGAAUAGUAAAGAGAAGCCCAAUCAUAGCUGGUUAUGUGAGAUGGAAAAUGGGGUGUCGUUUCCCCUUUAAUCAAUCUGAGCACAACUACAUACAUCCAGGAAUCUGAAGUCAGACAGUAAGAAUGGGGCACAGAUCCUCCUGAGUGCAAGGCUAAACAUCUCCAGAUGGAAUUUCACCUAUCCCACUUACCACAACUACGGGUUCCGUGUUUACCGCCAGCACAAUUGAGUAUCUUUCCAUUGCUUCACUCAGUCUCUGUCUUUGAAUAUCUGAAUGUUCUAGCCCUUCACCAAAUUCUUUAUAAUCAUGCUAAGGAUUUUUUGUUUUACAUGGACACAUUGAAUUUUGAUAUUGAAAGCUGCGUUUAUACAAAAUGAUUAAUUGAAAAACUGUGAAAACGAAUUUAAGAGCUUGCAGUAAAAAAAUAAACUUGUAGAUUCAGAAUAGAUUUGUUUACUAAAAUUGUAUCAUUUUUAUUGCAGAGAAUUAUAAAGCAUUUGAAGAUUGAACUGCUUUAUUUCUAAUGAACACUCCUCUUUACCUAUUAAGUCUUCACAGUUUUUCCAGUGACUAUAAUUACAGAAUCAGUGACCUUAUGUCUACUAUAAUCAAGGAAGCCUUAGAUUCACUAUGAUCCAAGAAACUAUUGAAAUUGACCCUUUUAUACAAUACCCAAAUGUCUUUAGGAAAAGACUCUUGUUUCUAAGAGUCCGUUUUUCUAAAACUCGCAUAGGAUCAGGCAUAAAAGUCCUUUUCUACUAGUACAUGUCAUGAAGCCUAUUUUUUUUGGAAAACAAUAAUAGUUCAUAUUCUGUUAUCUUAUUUCCCCCCAUCCAAGCCUUUCAGUGUUUAGGCUCUUCAAAGCAUGCACCAGUUAAAUAAUUUUCUUGACCAUGAAAAUAGGUUCCAUAUUGUUAAUUAGUGAUGUAUAUAUCUUGAGCCUCAUUGUAACCCCCCGCAUUCCCUCUCCUCCUGUUAUUCACUGUGCAUACCCCAUUAUGAACCUGUUUAGCUGAUAAUGAGGAUGCCUAUAAUCAUGUAAGUUAUCGCAAAUAUUUGAUACAAUUAAGAAAUGUGGGCUCAGUGAAUUCUAAAAGUUAACAUGUGAUACUGGCUUGUGAGGUUCUUUUGUCAUCUAGUGAAGCUUACAGAAUUUUCAGUUAAGACAUUUAAAAGAGCUAUAUCCAUUAGGCACUUUACUAAACAUACAACCUGCCAUUACUGAAUACUUUGUUAGAGCACAGAAGAGCAUUUUCCAGCAAACAAAUAUAUUUAUUACAUGUACAGCACAUAUUUGCAUGAAAAAGAAAACACUAGCCAAAACAUUUUUCUAUAUGCUUUACUGGUUUCUUGUUUGUGCGCAUUAAAGUAUUUAAUUGCAAAGAGUGCACCAAGGUGUUAAACUUAGACUAGACAGCUGUUCAGCUUUUUCUGUAGUAGCAUUAGCAAUCUGGCCAUUUAACUACUUUAAGAUAUUUACAUUUUAUGGCAGGUAGCUGUAACAGCAUUUACAUAUAUUUCCUAGUCAGCAAGAUUACCAUAUUCUUUCAACUUUUAAAAAUCUCUUGUUUUUAACGGCCUCUCAAAGCCUAGUUUCUAUGUCCUCUAUGUCAUGCUGAUAGAGAGGUCCAUUCAAUAUCUGUGCACAAAACCAAUCUUUCCUUUACCAUCAAGUGUCCAUACCUGUUUUGCUUUGCAUUCUUAUUCAAAAGCUAACAAUCUUGGAAAGGGUAUAAUGUAUAUUUUCUUGAUGGAUGUACUUAAAUUUUUACUUUGAUUUGGCAUAUUCUUUCCCCUUCCUUUUAUAAUACGUUAUCUUCUCCAAAUGAAUAAGGGAUAUGCAUUUUCCUUUCUCUUUUUCUUAAGCCUUAGAGUUUAAUGUGUAAAUGAUACUAAAAUACAGAUAUAUACUAAAUGAAAAGUUUUAUUUUUACCAAGCACAUCAAGCACCUUUGGAAAAUACAUACUCCAUAAAUACUUUGUUUUUAACUGAUUUCAUUUAAAGAUUAGCAAAUGAUAAGCAGGAGAAGCAAGUCUUAUAAUGUUUUGAGGCUGUUUUAACUUGUAGUAUAAACCACAUAUUCUGUAAUUUCAGCAUAUAUAAUUUCAGAAUAUGUAAAUUACAUAUUCUGUAAUUUCAGUCAGCGAACAUGUAACAAUGUUGACACAUGUGACAAUGUGGAAGUGUAGUCUUGGAAAAAAAAGGAAUGCAAUUUGUCAAUCCUGAUGUUAAUUCCUCAAGGCUGUAAUGUGACUCCAGUAUUGUAAUCAACCAUGUUAUCUUGUUUCCUCCAACAUUUAAAGCAACACUUAGAAAUGUUUAUAAAUGACUGAUGAUUCUCGCUUAUCUUUAUACAGUUCUGUUGGAAAGAAAAUUGAAAUUAACAAUUCAGACUGAUAGUCUUUCCUAGUAAGAGUCUUAAUUAUGUGACAAUGUGACAUUGCUUAGUUCUUAAUGAAAUGAUUUUUUUAAAUAUAAAACAAAUUCUGAGAAAAUUAUGUGUUCCCUUUGAAUAAUUUGUUAAUUACUUUAAUUAUUAUUGUUGUUGUUUGCAAAAUGUAUUUUUGGAAUGUUAACCUCUUUAACAUACCUGCAUACUUGAACUUGUCUUUUGUGUGAGGGCCUUAAAAUUCAUAAUAGGAAGCUAAAGCAGUGAAAGGGAGGGAGAGAAGAAAAUGAUGCCAAAAGACGGUUUGCAAAUUUAAACUCCUUGAAUGAACAUAUCAUAAAAUGUUGUUGAGACCCAGGAUGUCAGUUAAGAAUGUUUCUAGGCAACCUUAAUUUGCAUGCUAGUGUAUUUUCUUAUUAUACAAUUUUAUUUUGGUAUUUGCUAAAAAAUAAAAACAAAAUAAUACCACUACAGAAAUUGCCCUAUAUAUUGAUAUUUGUACUACCUCUUCUCUAGAGAAGACAAUCUGUCUUUAAAGAGAAAACACUUUUCAAUAAGUAGGGAAUUUAUUACUCUUACUGCUAACCUUGCUGCAAAGCUAAAUGCAUAAAUUGUUAAAAUAUACUUUCCCCUUAGAUUUUCAACUGUUGACAAAAUGCUCUUGUCACCCUUUCAUUUCUUCCAUGUUAGUGAACUUUUCUUUGAAUCAGUUCACAGUUUAUCAGGAGACAAGGUAAACAUUUAGUAUGUCAGUAAUCAUAGGGAACAAGACAAACUGCAAGGAAAUUGCUUUUGUGUGCAAUUUGUUAUAACAUCUAGCUCCAAGUCUGAGAGUAGAUUCAGAGAUUUGAUGUUUAAGUGAAGUUGGCUUGCAAAUUCCAAUUUUGUUGAUCCUUGACUUUUCCUAUGGACACUUAGCCAUUUACUGAGUAGGAUCAUCUUGGACACUCAUGUCAUUGGAACAAACUUCAUAUCAAUGUUUCAAAUAAAUGAGAAUGUACCCCUUAUUUCUUUUAUAUUUCUGCCUGUAUUUCUGUCUUUCAUGACACUGUUGCAUGUUCUUUUCUUUAUUAAUUAUAUAAAAUUCAUUUUUUAAUAACUUUAUGAAUGAAAACAUUUUAGGGACUUAUGUAAUAAAAUUUGUUUCAUUAGUUCCUCAUACCUUUAAACAUUAGUUCCUCAACACUUUAAAUAUUGUUAAUGCUGUAACUGUUAUGAAGUUACUUACUCAAGCUGUGUCUAUAGGGCAGAGAACAGUCCUCUUCUUUUAGAUGAUAAUCAUGAUCAAACCACUCAAUACAAUAGUUGUCAGAUAGACAACAAGGAUAACUUUUUUGUUGUUGACUUAAGCAGUCAAGUUACCAAAAUAGUAAAAUUGGUUUAUAUGAGCAGACAGAGCUACAGCAUUCAAAAAUUACUUGUUAAAGGUUUCUUUUUUUGUUAAAAUGAACUUUCUCAAAUGAAACUCAUCCUCAUGUAGCAAGUAUCUCUCUCUACUUGUGGAUGGUUUCAUACCAAAUGCUUCAUGUAAUUAAGGGACAUUAUGAGAGGACUAGAAGAUAUUUCAUCAGAUAAUCUUGACUAAGGGCUGUAACUCCCACUUACCGUGAAAACAUAAAUAAGAGUGAAUAGUCAUGAGUUUGGGGGAGUCAUAGUUACAUAUGAGAUUUUCCUUUGUUUCUUUUGAUGUAUGUAAAAUGUUUGUAGAAAGAUGGUAGAAAAUGUUAUUAAUGAAUUUAGAGUGUUUGGGGAAUACACUGAUGCUGCUUCUUUGAAAAUUAUAGAGUUAAAAUGAGGACUAUCUAGGAACCAAAAUUGGCAGGCCUCCAGCUUUACAAUACUUUGUAAGUGUUCUUGGUUAUGUUUUGAACAUUUGAAUUUCUCAACAAAUGGCUAUGUCUAUAUUUAUGUAGGGGCCACUCUUGCUCUACUUGCAUGCCACUUUCACACAUCUUUAACUGAGAUCAGUGUGAAUUCUGUAUGCAUAUGGGAUGUAUUUUAAGAUGCAGGAUCAUUAAUGCUAUAUUGUUGCAUACUAUUUUUUAUUUUUCAUAUGCCUUACAAUAUUUUCUGGGAUGUUAUUAAAAUGAAAGCAUUUUAUUGCCAAAAUAAACCUAUGUUGUUAUUUCUAAUCUGCAUUAGCAGUAGAAAAAUAAUGUAGCAAAAACAUAUAUUGUAUAGUACAAAAUUAUAAAAGAUAUAUAUUUUGCCAAUAAUAUAAAAAUAGAUUGAGGAGAAAGAAGCACAUUUGCUAUAGCACAAACUUACAACAAAAUCCACUGUUAAAUUUGGCAGUUGUAUUUUUUAAAAGUAUAUAGAUUUAGUUCUAAGUUUUAUCAGAUUUAUUUCAUCUACCAUCUUUUUAACUUGCUGCUUGAUACUUUUCCAGCAAUUUACUUCAUAGCCUUGCAAUCUGUGGAUGUAAUUUAUUUUACUUUAUCCCCUUCCAUAAAACUUAUUAAAUUUUAUUUUGUGAUAAGA